AUGGGUAUGUCUGUGGAACCUUUAGAUCUAGUAAGAAUCAGACGAAACCAGCGCAGGCUAAAAGGUUUGCUCUCUAAUCGAGAAGUUCCGAAUGAUCACUUGAACCUUCAGCAUUAUCCUAUACGAAGAAAACCUCUCCCGGCUGGCUUUUGUUACGUCUGCAGUCGUAUAGACCCGGAGGGAAAAUUCAAACAUCCUCAUGGGUACCUCUUCAGCAAGGGUUUCUUCUCUCAAUGUGAGCAUAUGCCUAAGACUCCCUACCCUACCGUCAUCAUUGAGAGCCGAAAACCAUCGCCCACCAAUUCUGAACCGACGCAGCCUAUGAGCGGACUUCGGGUCAAAAUAACUCGAAGAAGCAAAUCACCUCCAUCUAAAUAUGGAAGAAAGUAUUUCGAUAAAUCAGUACUUGAUGGUGUUCGAUACGACAAUGAUAUUUACCAGAAUUCGCGUUACAGCGUACCGGCCAUGUUUGAUCAUGUUACGGACGAAGACGGAAAAAAGAUUCCAGAAGUGGGAGAAAUGUCAUGGAUGGAGGAUGAUGGCGAUUCUGUUAACGAAGAAAUAAUAGUGAAUUACAUUGAGGAUUGGAACGACGAAGAUUCUCCAGAGAAUCAUUUGGCCAACCAACAAACAACGCCAACGGAGGUCCUUUUGCCUCCGAUCGGGGGUCAAAAUUCGAAAUCAGGAACCAGCAAAUCUGAAUUAAGCAUACCCGGGCCGAAAGUUUCGGAAAAACUGCCAUUGAUUCACGGCAGUGUCGAGCGUAUCAACGCCUCAAGAGAACGACUCGAAAAGAAACCAAGUAAAAGAAAGUCUCGAAAAUCCUCCAAUGCAUCUAUCGACGAAGCAGACAUGAUUUACACUGGCGGAGAUGAUGACUAUGGUCACAUUAAGUACCAUCACCGUGGUAUGUACGACUCUGUUCCAAGCGGUGGACUUGAUAUGCCAUCAUCUCGAGAAGCUUUAAGCAAACAUAUAACUAGCAAAUCCUUUAAUGGAGAAAAUUCUUCACUCCAUGACCAGACAUCGGACAAGAAAAGCAGAUCAAGGUUAAGUUCCAGUGAAAUCUCGUUCGGAAUUCCAGAAACACCAUCAAUGAUUAUCGCCCGAAUCAAUAACUCUGAUCACUGGUGUCAGUGUGAAGAUGUAGAUAUGUCCACUAUCAAGUGUCCAGAAUGCCAUAUAGUUGGUGGACACGAAAAAUGGUGUAUACACUCGAGAUCUUCAGCAAAGCAAGGAAACUGUCCAAAGUGUGGAAAGCCAAUUAAAAGAAAAAAUGUUCGAGGUUCGAGUUACAAACAUCAAAGACGAGGAUCCAAAUCAACGAGUAAAUCUGAAGAAUUUGAUGUUUCAGCUGGAAAGCAACGUGUUCGAUUUGAUGAUGAAGAUGAUCUUGACGAAAAGAAACGAUUAGAAAUGAUAAGAAAGAAUGACGAAGAUUACAUGGCUGGUGUUGAUGAUAUAUUAUACGAUGAGGAAAAAUACGGCCGAUUGUGGACACCGGCGACCCAGGAAGAGGAUGAAGAACGCAAACACAAGAGAAUAGAUCCCAACAUUCACCGCGAGGCCUACCUACGCGCGCUCCUGGAAGUCAAAAACAACCAGUUAAAAAAGAUUUCUGAAGUUGAUGAACACUUUUUUGCGAGCAGACUGUGUCGCCCACAUGUAUUUUCAUACUUUCGCCUUCGGCCACAGCAAGCAAAGCAAAAUGCAUUGAGCGAACCUUUCAAUAUAGGCUUAAAACCUGACGAAUCAAAAGGCAUUCCACCCAGAAAGGGAAUGAAACAUAUAUUUGGGAAAAUUAAAGUAGACGACUUUUACCCAGGUGGAAAGAAAAACCCGAGUUUCAAUAUCUCCAUGAAGAAAGAAGCCAAGAGACAAACAAUGCCAAUACAUAGCAUUAACUACAGUAAAUAG